AUUGUAAAGAGCUCUACUUUUACUGUCAAUUCUUCAGCCAUGAUUGAUUUGUGUCAGUGGAGAGCUAGAAUAGGAUCCUGGAACUGUUCCCGCCAUUGGAGGCAACCCAAUGCUUGUACUAGUACUGGUAACACUUACUGUGGAACUGGUAGAGCUAGUGCUGGUAAUACUACACAAGUGAAGACCCCUAGACUUGUUUUGUCUAUUUUUUGUCUUCUUAUCCUCCUCUUCAUAUCAGGAGAUGUGGAACUUAAUCCUGGACCCACUCUUACUGAUAAGCCAACAAAAGAUGAAUUGAUUGAGUUAUUGAGUAGCUCAAAGUUUACUGCUGGUACUUGGGAACAGUUUGUCUGUUGUCUUCCUAACAUGACACAAGAUAUCAUUAUUGGAAUCAAAGAGAGAGGAUCAAUAGAGGACACCAUGAGUGCUGUAGCUCAACACUGUCUUGAUAAUAAUCCUGAUAUAACAUGGUCAAUAAUCAUGAUGUCACUUUUAAAUGCAAAUGAACACAUUUUGGCUCAGCAAAUUUUGACAGACAGUAACAAGAAAGGAGUACAAAUAAAUGCCACUAAAACAGUUCAGACUACAUUGAGAGCCCAUUAUUCCUGUUUAUUUGAUGCUACUAAGCAUUGCUUAGAAUCUGUUACUGUGGAAUUUUUUUCUAAGGGUCUUAUUAGCAGGGAUGUUAAAAGCUCACCUUCUUUUGAUAAAAUUGAAAAUGAAUUUGUGGCAUCAUUAUCUCUUUACAAAGAAGAUAUGACCAAAUUAGAGGACAAAUGCUGUAAUUUUGUACAUUGCCUUGCUAAAGCUGGUGGCCCAGCUAAAGAUGCAGCCAUUGCACUAGCUGAAGAUUGGGAACGUGAAGUAUUGAAUAAACAUAGUCUGAAAUGGUCUCUGAAAAUUGACACUGAAACAUCCACUGAUUUAUCUCUUCUUUCAGAAAUUCCGCUGAGCUCUGAUGAUGAAGUACCUCAAAAAAUGCAGUAUCUUUUUAAUGACUUCGUUUCAUUGAUGGGUUACAUCAGAAAUUACUAUAAGAAAUAUAAAGUUAAAAAAAUUGCUGGCUUUUUAGCAGACUAUUUUGAAGAUUGUCUUACUGAAGAGCCUCUAACUAAUUGCAAAGAUUUUAAUAGCCUACUUCAUUUAGUUAAGCCUUAUUACAGUUUUUUAAAUUUUGAUUUAAUUGAGAACCUUACAAAAAAAUUCCCUCUCAGUAAAGAGUUACAGUUGAAACUUAACAAGUAUGUACAACAAUUAAAACAGUUUAAAAAUCAACUGCACUACAACAAAUGAAGGAUGCAAUAAAGCAAGUACUUCUACCACAUGAAGCUUCAGAAGCACAUUGUAAAAUUGUUAUUAAACUUACUGGGGACUGGGAAGAGAAAACAGUGGAAAACCUUGAAAGGCUCAUUGCAUUCCUUUUUAAACGGGAUAGUCAUGGUCGUGCUAAAUUGAUUAAAGUUGUCGAUGGAUCAAUUACUGUUACAUUCUUGUUUCUUUCAACAGCACAGUCUCUUAUUGAUGAAGUACAAAAUAAAAUUCAAUUUAUCCAAUACCUUGGUAUAUUUCAAAUAAUCAUUAACGAUGACAUUAUCAUAAAAAGGGAAGAAGAUAUUAAAUUCACUUUUGAAGAUUCACUGUUACAUGCCAUCAAUCAUAUUGACAGUCAUGCAGAAUAUGAGAAUGUGGCACUACU